AUGAAAGAAUUGACAAGUUUACACGUACAUUUACACUUACAUUUAGAAUUUACAGCAGAUCACCAGGAACAGACAGAGGAUAUAGAGUCAAUCACGGAUGAUCCUUGUGAUGUUUGUGGAGGCAAAGAAAAGGAAGAUAACAACGAGUUGGUUUACUGUGGAAUGUGUGAAGUUCUAGUUCACCAGGGAUGCUAUUACAUACCAGACAUUCCUGAUGAAGAUUGGAUUUGCAGACCCUGUUCCGAAGGAGUUCAACCCAAGUGCAUCUUGUGUAACCAAAAUAAAGGGGCGAUGGCGAAAACAAGUGACGGUAGAGAAUGGGCUCAUGUGCAGUGUGUAUGGUGGAUACCAGAAAUUAGGUUUGAGGAUGCACAACGAAUGGAGAAAAUGGAAAGUCUUGAUAAGAUACCUAAAGAGCGAUGGACGAUGACAUGCUGUCUUUGUAAACAACAGGAGGGCGCUUGCAUUCAAUGUUGCGUUAAAGGCUGCUACAAGGCAUUCCACAGUAGAUGUGGUUUUGAAAACAAUUUGCUAAUGGAAAUGAUUGAAGAACCAGAAUUGGUGUUUAAGCCACAUUGUCGGAAACACAGCUACAGUAGCGUUGCAGAAAAUAAAAAGACAAAGCGCCGAAACAAAAAAGGUGGACCACGGAAAAGAAUAAUAUAUCAAGAAGGUUCCAAUAUACAAAGCGAAUCACAACCAAAGAAAAGAAAAGUGAGAGACAAAAAAACUCAAGAAAUAACCCUAGAAGAAAUACAAUCAAAGAAUGAUCAGGGUGAUAUUUGCCUACACGUUGCUGCACAAAACAGUGAUCGUAUACAGAUAUCCUCUUUACUGGGUAUAAUUUCUAAAGCAUCGUUGAAUUGCAUAGAUAGUCAGAACAAAAAAGGGAUGACGCCAUUAUUUAUAUCAGUAUUGAGAAAUGAUUCAGACAUCGUUAAACUAUUCCUUCAACAUGGUGCAAAUCCAAAUAUUUUUGCACAGGCUACAGAAGAACAAUUCGACGCACCUAUCCAUAUAGCUGCUUCUGGAGGUGACCAGUAUUUAAAGACAAUAACAGCACUGCUUGCCGACGAGACUAUUUCAUUAAACAGUUUUAACGGUGCAGGAUACACAGCUUUACACCUUGCAGUAAUGGCACAUGGGCGUAAAAUAUCAAAGGGAGAGAAUAUGAAUAGUGUAAAUAUAAUUGAGAAACUAAUUGCGACUGGAGUUGAUCCUAACCUACAGGAAACCAACACUGGAAGAACACCUUUAAUGUGCGCUAUAGAAAAAUUAGACAUCACCUUAGUUGAGAUUUUUGUGACACUAAUAGACCCUAAAAAUUUGCAACAUGUCCUUAAAGCAGAAUCAUUUCAAGGCAAAAAUGUGCACUCAAUCAUCGAAGAAUCAAAGCAUGUGUUAAAUCAACGGGAUUAUAAAAGACUAAAUGACUUGCUUAUGAAUACAAAUGAGGAAACGCAAUCAGUUUCUUCAACUUCGUCAUGAAAUGGUUAUUAAUUUCCAAUGACAUUCUCUUCCUUUAGGUUAUAUGUAAGGAGGUUAAUAGACAAUCGCUAUGCUUUCUAUGCAUUUUGCAUGCAAUAAGAACAAGUGAAAGUACAUUCAAAAUACUGAAAAUGAUAUAUUUCGCUCGUUAUUGCCUUUUAAUGUAUUUUUCAUGUGAAGAAUUUAGAGGCUUGACAAUUUUUAUUUUUUUGGUAAAAUUUAGUUAAACUCAUACAUUUAAACCAUGAAUAAAAUAACAGGUUGUAUGAUGUUAUGUUUAUAAUCUCAAACAUGAUUUCCACAAACUUGGGAUUUCUUCGACAUCUUUCAGAGACAUAAUAUGAUACGUCUUAUUACAGAGUGUUUUAAUAUGGAUUCUCCCUCUAAUAUCAUUCAUUCUACUUAUGUCAAACUCACUAGUUUAAAUUAAUAUUUUGAUUUUAUAUCUAACAUAAAAUACAAUGGCAGCUAACUGUUUUAAGCGUACUUCAUAUCAGGCACAUCUUUGCUUUAUACCUUCAAUACUUUAGAUCCAUUAAUGUUAUAAGAAUUGAAUGUAUUAAUAUUGCUUUUUUGCUUUUAUUAUUAUUAUAAGUUUUCUGAUGCAUUAUAAUAAAAUCUGUAUAGACUAUUG